AUGGUGAAUGCGAAUGAGAUUCUAUACAAGAAGGGUGAAAAGCCCGAUCAUACGAUUGUGAUCAAAUACGUUCCGUUUGUUGGUGACAGUAAGAGGGCCAUGGACGAGUACAUCUGCUCGAUUUUCAUGGGUGGGCAUCAGACAUUCGCCAUUCACAACACGUGCGAAGACUCGCUUCUGGCCGCUCCGCUUAUCCUGGAUUUGGCCAUUAUCACUGAGCUAGCAUCGCGCAUUCAGUAUCGUACCGAUGAGAUCGAGAAUUUCACCGAAAUGCACUCAGUACUCUCAAUAUUGAGUGUCCUCUUAAAGGCACCCGUUGUACCGUCGAAGGCACCAGUCGUUAACGCUUUCAUGAAACAACUCAAGUAA